AUGCACAGAUACAACAAUCGAAGCAGUCUUUCUCACAGAAUCCAACUUUCUAGGUUUUUUAUUUAUGAUUUGCAGUCGCCUAAUCGGAAAUAUGUUCCAGGUCGAGUAUUUGUUUUGGGACAUUCUGCUGAUAAAGAAUGUGUGUCUCGAGAAGUUGGAAGACGUACAACAUCGAUUACUGUACCUCGAGAUAAAUGUGGAGUUGAGACUGUGCAACAUGGAAAAGGAGCUGGCUACACAUCCUCUGUAAACAUCGUUAUCUCAUUCCAUGAUAAGUUCCUGACGAAAGUUGACCGAGCUUACAACAUCACUUGUCUGUACGCACCUACUGGGGAUGUCGUUUCAUACGCAUUAACUGUUCAACCAUCGCUUCUGAAAGACAUUCAAGUUUUGGCUGAUCAACCAAACUGUGAAUACGAGGUAUUCGAUGUCAGAACUCGACGCCCAGCAGACGUUGUACAUGUAAAUGCACCCCUGGAACAUGUGUGGACAUGUGAUGGAGCCAAUCUUGAUCUAUUCUGCAUGCGAGUACAUGACUGUGUAAUCAAUGAAGGAAAAAACAAGAGACGAUCGAAAAUUAUUGAUUCUGAAGGAUGCUCCCUUGACACUACGCGUCUUCCGAAUCUCCGUUAUGACAACAACAAGCUCUCAGCUCGAGUGAUGUCGAAAGCAUUCCGAUUCGGAGAUGAUGUCGCUGUUGAGUUUGAGUGCAACGUACGACUGGAUCUCAAAAACGGAACAUCGUGCCCCAGGCCGAGAUGUUGA